UUUUGCGAGCUGCCUGCUCAUGCGCUCAUGCGGAUCGUGACUGGGGCUACCCGCCUUGGCGGAUGAGAUCCGGAUGCAUUUCUUUGAUUCUGGGAGAUGCACACACGCUCUGCUGGAGUCAUGAUUUGCGUGGAAGCCGGACUUGCUCUUUGCUGACCGUGGCAAAAGCUUGUUUGGUACGACUCGCAAGUGGCCACAUGCAUCAUCUUACAUGGCUUCCAGGAUUUGCGGUUCGGGGCGUUCCUCGGGAGAGCACCGCCACACAUGCGCAGCGCCACAGCACCCACUUAAUUUUUCUGAGCCAAACUUUUGCCGCUCGUGAUCGCGAGCUCAGCAACACCAACCGAGCGCGUAGCACAGCAAGAGAAGGAAAUUGACCAGGCUGGGGAUAUAUAAUCAUGGCGCCGCAAACCAAAACUGAACGAUCCUGGAGUGCCCUCACCCCACCACUUUCAGAAUGGAUCCUGGACGCCAUCUCCGCCAUGGGCUUCACCAAACCGACGCCUGUACAGCACGCUGCGAUUCCAAUGUUCAUGGGCAACAAAGACGUAGUGGUCGAAGCCGUCACGGGAUCUGGAAAGACGCUGGCGUUCAUGAUUCCAAUGGUUGAGCGCCUGCUUCGACUGGAUGCGCCUCUGAAGAAAAACCAUGUCGGAGCUAUCAUACUCACACCAACGCGAGAACUGGCCACGCAGAUACAUACAGUUCUCCUUUCGCUGCUCAAGUUUCACGCUCCUUCGGCGGCCGUCAUGAAAACCGAUGAUGAAGACUCUGACAUGGAGGAUGCGGAUGCGCCUCCUCCACCGGCCUUCCCUUCUGGAACCCUCAAAGUUGUCCCUCAGCUUCUUUUGGGUGGGACAGUUACUCCUGCUCAAGACUUGAGCUGGUUCUUAAAGAACUCGCCAAACAUUUUGAUCGGAACACCAGGUCGUCUGCUGGAGCUACUCUCCUCGCCGCACGUCCACUGCCCACAGUCAUCGUUCGAUGCGCUAGUCAUGGAUGAAGCAGAUCGACUCCUGGACAUGGGCUUCAAAGACGACCUACAAAGGAUCCUCUCACGACUACCCAAGCAGCGGCGAACAGGCCUAUUCAGCGCUAGCGUCAGCGAAGCCGUUGACCAGCUCAUCCGCGUUGGUCUGCGCAACCCCGUCCGCAUCGCCGUCAAAGUCAAAUCGAGAGCCGCACCAAAGGAAGGCGAAGAAGGCGUAAUCGAAGACAAGCGCACUCCAGCCAGUCUCCAGAUGUCCUACCUCGUCCUGCCACCCUCGCACAAAAUCCCCGCAAUCAAGAAACUCCUCGCAACUCUCCAGCCCCAACCACAAAAGGUCAUCAUGUACCUGGCUACAUGCUACUCCGUCGACUACUUCCAACAUGUGCUCCCGGAGGUGCUCAAAGGUCACGCAAUCAUCCCGCUGCACGGCAAACACCCAGACAAAGUCCGCAGAAAAAACUUUGCCAAAUUCGUCGACAGCAUGGCGCCCUCCAUCCUCCUCACCACCGACGUCGCCGCCCGCGGCCUCGACAUUCCCGCCGUCGACCUCGUCCUGCAGACCGACCCGCCCAGCGACCCCAAAACCUUCAUCCACCGCUGCGGCCGCGCAGGCCGCGCGGGACGCAGAGGUCUCGCACUAACAUUCCUCAACCCCGGCCGCGAGGAAGACUACAUCGAGUUCCUGCGCAUACGACAGACGCCCAUCUCACCGCUUACCACGCCGGAACUGACCAUCACAUCCAUCGACGCCGAUGCCGCAAGCAAGAAAAUGAGGACGGUAGCCAGGUCCGACAGAGCCAUAUUCGACAAAGCACAGCGCGGUUUUGUCUCCUGGGUGCGCGCUUACAGCAAGCACACCGCCUCCUCCAUCUUUCGCGUCGCCGACCUCGACUGGGAAGACUUGGGCCACGCGUGGGGUCUGCUCCGGCUUCCCAGCAUGCCCGAGCUCAAGAAAUUCGAGGGCGACCGCACGCUCGGGCUCGACUUCGAGCUGGAUGCGCUAGCGUACAAGGACAAGGUGCGCGAGAAGCAGCGGCUGGAGGAGCUGGCCGAGGGCGCAAAGAAGAAGCGGUUUGAGAAGCGAGACAAGGAGAAGGAUGCGUGGACGUUGAAGAAGGAGCACAGGGCGACAAAGGAGGUGAGGAGGGAGAAGAAGGAGAAGAAGAGGGAGCACGAGAGGGUCGCGAAGAUGGACGAGGAGGAGAGGAAAAAGGAGGCGGAGUUGCAAAAAAUGAUCGCACAGGUCAGGAAAAAGGUGGUUGAGGAAGAAGAGGACGCGUUCGAGGGGUUUAGUGAUUGAUGAAGAACGUUUGAUAUCAAGCAGUUUGACAGGAAGAGGUGUUCGGUGUUGAACAUAUUAACUAUACCUAUCAACAAUUCCCAGCCUCUCAAAGCCAAGACAAGGUCGCCAUUGGGCGACACAGUGCAGCGAAACCCUACCCGCGCUCUUCUAUAGCAUUUUCAUCCAAUGGCAAGAUACUGCCAACUAUUGACUCUUCGCGAGCCUUU